AUGAAAACUGACUACACCAACAAGUAUCAGAUUGAAAUUUACUCCUCCCAAACAAAAUCUUGGAGGCUCUCUGGAGAACCUUUUCCAUCAGCAAGGGAUACUUAUGAUAAGCCUGGCGUAUUUUGGAAUGGGAACUUGCUCUGGAUUCGUAACUGGAAAGAUUAUUCACGUUUCAAUAUCGAACAAGAAUCGCUGAAGACAACGCCGGUGCCUUCGAGACACGAUACUGGUGGCUGGGAUAGUAUGAUGAUUAAAAGUGAUUAUUUUGGAGAAUGCAAUGGGCAUUUGUAUUUUAUUGAGAUUUAUCAUUCCUCUGCCACUCAAUUCCACGUCUUCGAAAUGGAGAAUGAUUACUCGAGGUGGAACGUAAAAUAUCGUAUUAAUCUUGAACAAUUGAUAAUUGCUUAUCCAGGUAUCAUUGAAAAUCAUGUUGAAGCUAACGAGUUUUUCCACCAUCAGUACAAUUUCACCGUAUUGCUGGUUGACGAAGACGCCGUAUCAGCUAAGUUAGUGUUACAAAUACCAGACAGGAUUAUAUCCUAUGAUCUAAAUGAAAUGAGUUUCAAUGACAUUCUUGAUUUACCAAACAUUCAUCCUACGGAUGCAGUUUCGUUUUCGAAUCCUCGGUGUAGUGCUUAUCAUUAUAUCGAUUCAAUAGCGUCUAUUUGA